UGCACAGCUUAUAAAUUCUUUUUUAUCGUUUUGUUUCUUCUGUUCUUACUUCUUACUAUUCACUCUCCGACCAACACAAAAAACAUUUAAAUCUCUCUCUAUAUAUAGCAUUGUUAUAGCUAGUUAGAGAGAGAGAGAGAGAGAAACUAAAAACAAUGGAACUGGAAGGCUCGAGUAGUGGCCGGAGGCAGCUGCCGUCAAAGGUAGAGAUGAGCCGUGGAGCGUAUUUGGCGUGGGAAGACUUGACGGUGGUAAUACCCAAUUUCAGUGAUGGUCCAACCAGAAGGUUGCUUCAAAGGCUAAACGGUUAUGCAGAACCGGGUCGGAUCAUGGCUAUAAUGGGUCCUUCCGGAUCCGGAAAGUCCACUCUUCUUGACUCUCUUGCAGGUAGACUCGCAAGAAACGUGGUCAUGACCGGUAAUCUUCUAUUAAACGGCAAGAAAGCUAGACUAGACUACGGUCUCGUAGCAUAUGUGACACAAGAGGAUAUAUUGCUGGGGACAUUAACAGUGAGGGAGACAAUAACAUACUCAGCUCAUUUGAGACUUCCAAGUGAUAUGUCUAAAGAGGAAGUGAGUGACAUUGUGGAAGGCACAAUCAUGGAGCUUGGUCUUCAAGACUGUUCAGACAGAGUCAUUGGAAACUGGCACGCAAGAGGAGUUAGUGGCGGUGAGAGGAAACGUGUCAGCAUUGCUUUGGAGAUCCUCACUCGUCCUCAAAUCCUUUUUCUCGACGAACCCACAAGCGGUUUGGACAGUGCUUCUGCGUUUUUCGUCAUUCAGGCGCUUAGGAACAUUGCACGCGAUGGCAGAACCGUAAUUUCCUCGGUUCAUCAGCCUAGCAGCGAGGUUUUUGCGCUAUUUGAUGAUCUUUUCUUGCUCUCGAGUGGUGAGUCUGUCUACUUUGGUGAAGCCAAGUCUGCUGUUGAGUUCUUUGCAGAAUCAGGUUUUCCAUGCCCGAAGAAAAGGAAUCCUUCUGAUCAUUUUCUUAGAUGUAUAAACUCAGACUUUGAUACAGUCACAGCUACACUCAAAGGAUCUCAGAGAAUUCAGGAAACACCAGCUACAUCGGAUCCUCUGAUGAAUCUAGCAACAUCUGUGAUCAAAGCAAGGCUUGUUGAGAAUUACAAGCGUUCAAAGUAUGCGAAAUCCGCAAAAUCUAGGAUUCGAGAACUAUCUAACAUUGAAGGGCUCGAGAUGGAAAUAAGAAAAGGAAGUGAAGCGAGCUGGUGGAAACAACUUAGGACAUUAACAGCAAGAUCAUUCAUAAACAUGUGUCGUGAUGUCGGUUACUAUUGGACACGAAUAAUAAGCUACAUUGUUGUUUCUAUAAGUGUAGGAACCAUCUUCUACGACGUUGGCUAUAGCUACACAUCAAUCUUAGCCCGAGUUUCUUGUGGCGGAUUCAUCACUGGUUUCAUGACUUUCAUGUCCAUUGGAGGCUUCCCUUCUUUCCUCGAAGAAAUGAAGGUGUUCUAUAAAGAGAGGCUGAGUGGAUACUAUGGCGUGUCAGUUUAUAUCCUCUCGAAUUACAUCUCUUCUUUCCCGUUCUUGGUUGCGAUAUCGGUUAUCACGGGAACUAUUACUUACAACUUGGUGAAGUUUCGUCCCGGGUUCUCGCAUUACGCUUUCUUCUGUCUCAACAUCUUCUUCUCAGUUUCUGUGAUAGAGAGUCUCAUGAUGGUUGUGGCUUCUGUUGUUCCAAACUUCUUGAUGGGUCUUAUCACUGGAGCUGGCCUCAUUGGAAUCAUCAUGAUGACUUCUGGAUUCUUCCGUCUUCUUCCUGAUCUUCCCAAAAUCUUUUGGCGUUACCCGGUUUCUUACAUAAGCUACGGUUCUUGGGCUAUCCAGGGAGGGUACAAGAACGAUUUUCUAGGGCUAGAGUUCGAGCCUAUGUUCCCGGGUGAGCCGAAAAUGACAGGAGAAGAAGUGAUAGAGAAGGUAUUUGGAGUAAAGGUGACAUAUUCAAAAUGGUGGGAUUUAGCUGCGGUCGUAGCAAUCCUUGUGUGUUACAGGCUUCUCUUCUUCGUGGUCCUAAAGUUGAGGGAGAGAGCAGGACCGGCUUUGAAGGCGAUUCAGGCAAAAAGAACGAUGAGGAAUCUCGAUAGGAGACCUUCUUUCAAGAGAAUGCCUUCUCUGUCUCUUUCACUGUCGUCAAUGUCUUCAAGGAGACACCAACCUCUCCGCUCACUUUCUUCACAAGAAGGCCUUAACUCUCCUAUCCACUACUAAAAGACUUAUAUAAUGUAUGAGUUUUACUAUGCUCUUUCCAUCAUGAUCUCAUCUUAAUCAGCUUUGUCAUUGUUGAAGAAAAAGAACAAUCUAUAAGUAGUAACCAAGUAUCGUUUCAUAAACCCUA